UUGCAAAGAGACCUUCUCAACUUUCUCGUCAAGCUCAGAAAGACAAGAAUGCAGUCGGCGGCGUACAUUGCGGCCAUCGCGGCCAUGCUCGCGGCUGUGAAGGCCGAUUCUGGCUCGGGACAGCCCGGCUACUGCAAGAACGACAAGUCGUGUGAGAAAGACUACGUGUGCAUCAGUGUGCAGACCACGCGCUCGGGCAUCGAGGACGUCAAGCAGUGCCUGCCCUACCAGAAGGAGGGCGACGUGUGCUCCGGUACAUUCCCCGGUCUGUGUCCGUCUUUCUCGACGUGGAAGACGGCUUUCCAGUCCAUUAGCAGCGUCUGUGCCUACCAGCUGCCCUCAGGUACCGACCAGUGCUUGAACGGCUCCUUCUCGGGCUCGGACACUUCCGGCUACGUGUCGUGCAUGGACAUCACUGAGGGAUCAGGCUCUACCGCUGAGAGCGUGGGUGUGAUCUACGGUUGCGUCGACUUUGACGGCACCAACCUCCUGUUCGAGGAAGACUCGGACAACUGGGACCUGUCGGAGCAGAUGAACUACACGGGCGUCAUCAACGAAGGCUGUGUGAACCCCAACAACGAUGAUGACUCGGACGUCGUGUGCUCGGGCCGAGGCACAUGCUCCCCUAACUCGUCGGGCUCCAUGCAGUACUACUGCGAGUGCAACGUGGGCUACAACGGCACCUACUGCCAGAAGGUCGAGUCCAACAAGUGCACGCUCGAAUCUCAGUGCCAGGCUGGCACGUGUAACCUCAAGACCCAGGAGUGCGAGUGUGACGAGGGCACUACCGGUGACCAAUGUGCGUACUGCGAUCCCUCGUCGUCCAAGGCUUGCAACGGCCACGGCACGUGCGUAGCUGCUACCAGCUCGUCUGCAGGCUCUUCGACUACCUCUGGCUCUACUACGGGCACGGGAUCGAUUGCUGAUGCCGGCACGGUUGACGCUGCCGGCUCGGACGGCUCGGCUGCUCGCUUCCUGAUGGAGACUGUGGGCAUGGCUUCGUCCUCGGGUAGUGGCAACGUGUGUGAGUGCGAAGACGGAUAUGCUGGUGACCAGUGCACGCGUAAGGUGGACUCGAGCUCCAGUGGCGCCGGCAAGAAGAAGAAAAGCAGCGGCUCUUCAUCCAGCGACGCCACCUCGGUGGCCACCUCGAUCGCCCUGGUGGCGUCGGCAUUUGUGGUUGCCCUCCUGAACUAGACAGCCUUUGCAGAAAGGUGCUAGCGUCAUUGCGAGUUGAGUGUGUGUUUUGAGAAACGCUCAUCAUUUCUCUCAAAUACAUUUAUGCCUUUCCUUAUAAAC